AUGAAAAUUACUCUUUGGAAGGGUUCCCGGGACGUGACAGAGAUGAUGUCGAGUAAAAGUGUGGAAUGGCUUCAAGAGGAACUUGAGUCCGGGCUCGGGGUGAGCUCGCUCCUGCUGCUGGACUGCCGAUCGCACGAGCUCUACGAAUCAUCACACAUCGAGUCGGCAAUCAAUCUGGCGAUCCCCGGUUUGAUGCUGCGGAGACUAAAGAAGGGGAAUCUACCGAUCCGGUCCAUCAUCCCCAACAACGAGGAUAAGGAGAAAUUCGUGAAGCGGUGCAAGACAGACACGGUCCUUCUCUACGACGAGGCCACUACGGACUGGCAGGAGACCGGGCUGGUGAGCUCUGUCCUCGGCUUGCUGCUGCAGAAGCUCCGGGAUGACGGUUGCAAGGCUUUUUACCUGGAAGGUGAGAGUUAGCUUCUUUGAUCUUUUCAUUUGUGAUAUUUCCUUAUUCUAUUCUACACUCUUGGGGAAAAAAAAGGUGCAAUCUAGAACCUAAAAUAAUUUUUCGGCUAUCCCAUAGGAUAACCCUUUAGAUAAUCAUUUUGGUUCCAGAUAAAACCCUUUUGGGUUACAUGUUGAACCCUUUCCAAAGAGGGUUCUACAUGGAACCUAAAAGGGUUCUACAUGGAACCUAAAAGGGUUCUCCUAUGGGAACAGCCAAAUAACCCUUUUUUUUUUUUUUUCUAGGAGUGUAUAUUCUAUUCUGUUCUAGACUACCUGUUAGCCUACGAAUCCACUAUAGCCCAAACUCUAUUCUGUUCCUCAGCCUGAUCUCAUAGACUACACGUAACAUAAUAAAUAUAAAUCCGGGACACUGAAAUUAGCAUGAUAUGUUAUGUUUUGGUCUGGUUACAUAAGACAGAAGGUUACUUAUGAAAGGAGGGUGGUUGGUCGGGCGUAUAACACGAACGUCUAGCAACCCGAAGGUAGUGUGUUCGAAUCUCAUCACAUACAAUUUUAGGAACUUUGCAACUUCUUACUACUUCUUAGCAACUUUGCAACUUCUUAGCAUGUUAGCUAACCUUUCACCUAACUCUAACCCUAACCCUUUUAGUUAACCCUAACCGUAAGCCUUUAACCUAACUCCUAACCCAAACUCUAACCAAGCUAACGUUAGCAACAAUACAUUGGAAUUCGCAACAUAUCAUACGUUUGGCAAAUUCGUAACAUAUUGUACGAAUUGCAAUUUGUAGCAUACUGUAUCAUAUUAAUUGUAAUUGGUAACAUAUCAUAGGGAUUGGAUGAUGGACAUCCACAAAUUAAUACAUACCUCACAAACAUAACAUAUCGUACUAAACGGAGUGUCACGGAUUUAUAUACAGAAUCAUUUGAAAUGCCGUGAGACCAUGUUGCAGCCAUUCCUAAAUAACAAUAGUUGCCACUGGAUUACAGCCCAAAGUUACAAUGUAGCUAAAUCAAGGCAGCAGUAUGAUACUAUGUAUCCAUUUGUUUCCCUUUCUACAAGUUACACUAUUAUUUUCCAUUGUAGUCUGUGUCAUAUUAAAGUUGUAAGUCGCUCUGGAUAAGAGCGUCUGCUAAAUGACUAAAAUGUAAAAUGUAAAUGUAAAAUAAUUGUUGUCUGAAUGAAAAGUCAAUCGAGGGCAGUCACGGUUUUGUUCCUAUGCCAUAAUAUACAGUAUUAAAACAUUAUAUAAAAAAUAAAGCUCUUUAUUUUCUCAUGUGCUUCAAGUUAAACCAAUUAUAUAUUUUUUCGAUUUUAAUUUCCCUUCAUUGGACUCAAUCUGUAGGUAGUUGUGAAAAUGAUCAAUUCUUCUUCUGUUGUCUAAUAGUGGCUUAUUUCUUACUCCCUGACAGUAGGAAGACUCACAAUGUUUCAACCCCACUUUCGACUGUUAGACUAAUCUAUUCGAGUAAACAUGUUAUAUGAAUUAACGGUUUUGAAAGAAUGUGGAACGAACCAAAUAUGUUUUCAAUGAAUGUUCUAAAAUGGUUCUGCCAUGUUGUCCAAUGCUCCUUCAGGAAAAAUACUUUCAUUUCAUGAAUGAACAGGGCCUCGUUUCCCAUUUGGGAUGCAGGCCUAACUUAAAGCAUUAUGAUGAGCCACACCCGUUGCUGACAGGUCUAUAAAAUCCAGCACACAGCCAUGCAAUCUCCAUAGACAAACAUUGGCAUUAGGGGGGGGGGGGGGGGUUAGAAGGAUGACUUUUUUACUAUUCCAGGUAUUCGUUAAAGAGGUGGGGUUUCAUCACCCACAGAGACGAUAUUCCAAUUUACACAUUGGACAAUAAAGCUAUAUUCUAUUUGAAUGUCUCUGUAUUGUGCUUUACUGAAUAGCUGGAAUGACAACUUGUCACACAACCUCAAUCAUAUUGUGAUUCUGACCCAUCUCUGUAUUCCUGUUCUUUCCAGCAGUUCUCUUCUCUUCUGUUUUUAUUUGAUUCUAUUCUAUUUGAUUCUAUUCUAAUUCGGCUCCAUUUGUUGUUUUCAGGUGGUUUCAACAAGUUCCAGACGGAGUACCCUGAGCACUGUGAGACCAACCUGGAUUGUUCCUGCCCCAGCAGCUCCCCGCCUGCCUCCGUCCUGGGUCUGGGUGGGCUGAGGAUCAGCUCGGACUGUUCUGAUGGGGAGUCAUCGGACAGGGAACCGGGCAGCGCCACCGAGUCCGAGGGCAGCCCUCUCCCCAACAACCAGCCUGCCUUCCCGGUCCAGAUCUUACCCUACCUCUACCUGGGCUGUGCCAAAGACUCAGCCAACCUGGACGUCCUGGGGAAGUACAACAUCAAGUACAUCCUCAACGUCACACCCAACCUGCCCAACAUGUUUGAACAUGACGGAGACUUCAAGUACAAACAGAUCCCCAUUUCCGAUCACUGGAGCCAAAACCUCUCCCAGUUUUUCCCAGAGGCCAUUUCUUUCAUU